AUGUCUCAUUCUGGUGCUGCCACUUUCAGGAAGAUUGCAGGUAUCCUGGCCAUUGAUGAGGAUGUUUCGCCAGCAGAGUUGAAAUGGAGGUCUCCCGAUGGCACCAAGUCUACCAGGAUAGUGUUGAAUACUAUCGAUAAAUUGCAGGCUACUCCUCCCACUAGUGACAAAAUGAUGUUGAGAUUAUUAACCAAAGUUGAUGAGUCGAAGAAACAGAAGGACAAUGAGGGCAAUGAAGUAGCUCCAAAACCACAAAUACAUGUGUUUACUUUUAACAAUAGGACUGUUAUGGACAAUAUCAAAGUAACUUUACAGCAUAUAAUCUCUCGUUACAAGGACGAUGAAGUAUAUGAAGAAAAGAGAAGGAAAGAGGAUGCGACAGCCGGUAAUACGCCGACUCCCUCAGUUACUCCACCGACCGGUACUUUGCUAAACUCAGAGACCCUCGAUGACUCCUUAUCAAAGGCUAAACUGGUGACAAACCUUAAAUUGCAACAGUCAUUACUAAAAGAGAAUAAACCUUUGAUGAGAAGUUUUCAAGAAACAGUAAUUAAUGCGGGGUUACCACCAUACGAGUUUUGGUCCACUCGUGUACCCAUGUUAAGAGCUUACGCAUUAUCCAUUUCACAAAAAGUGGGACCUUACAACGUGUUGUCCACGAUUAAACCUGUGGCUUCAUCAGAUAAUAAGGUUAAUGUCAACAUUUCAAGAGAGAAAAUUCUGAGCAUCUUUCAAAACUAUCCGAUCGUGAAGAAAGCUUAUAUGGAUAACGUUCCCAAGAAUUUCAAAGAAUCUGAAUUUUGGGCAAGAUUCUUCUCAUCGAAACUUUUCCGUAAAUUAAGAGGUGAACGUAUAAUGCAAAACGACAGGGGUGAUGUGAUCAUCGAUAGAUAUUUAACGCUCGACCAGGAAUACGACAGAAAAGACGAUACCGCACUUUUACACCCUGUCAAGAAGACAAUCGACAUUGAUGGUAAUGUCCAGGAUGAUCCCGUGCUUAAAGGUAACAAACCAGAUUUCACAAUGCAACCUGGUGUUGAUAUUAACGGCAAUUGCGACGGGACAGUAGAUAUUCUAAAGGGCAUGAAUAGACUAAGUGAGAAGAUGAUCAUGUCCCUGGAGAACCAGUAUUCGAGGUCUAAUUUACAGCAAGAGGAUCUUGAUCGAGAUGAAAGGGAGGAGCUUGAUUUUUCAGAUUUAAAAGAAAAUUAUCAGGAAGAUUAUGCUGUUAUAAAGCUGAAGAAUCAACGGGAUGAAGGUUCGUCUGAAGCUAAAGUGUUUAUCGAAAGAUCAAAGGAAAAGCAAAAGCAUAUGGAUAAGAACAAAGUUAAUGAGCAGAUUUUCUUGGUGCUCGAUAGUCUUUCCAAGAAGCUUGACUUGUCUCAAGUAGCAGAUAGUAACAGCCAUAAUAAUGAAAUCAAUCAACGAGUCAUAAAUGCUGUCAAGAUAAAUGCGAAACAGGCGAAGCACCAUAAUAUUGAUUCUUCAUUGGGUACUUUUGUCGGAAGCAAGAUCGAAGAGUCAGAAGCUGCAUCCAAACUGCCCCUGGACCUACUGGAAAGUUGUCGUAUGUUACACAGUACAUGUUGUGAAUUUUUAAAACAUUUUUACCUUCAUUUCUACAGUCCAGAGCAGAAGAGACAGCUAUUAGCGAGAAAGCUUUCAAGGAACCUCAAAGACUGUUCGGAAAAGAUCACGGAGUUACUGGAUGAUGUUCAGAAGGGUGAUGGUGAGACCAUGUCAAGCAUAUGUCGAUCCUACCUAAAACCAGUGAUGAUUUCUAUCGAUCGAGCAAUCGGAAAAUAUAACGAUUCUCAGGCAAAGACCCAAUGA